AUGUCCGACGACGAAGGAGCUUCUAAUAACGAACUUCUUUUAGUCGCCGCCAAACAAGACUCAGAAGACAUUCUUGAGGAUAUAUUUAAUCAGCCCGGCACUUUUGAUAUAAAUUACACGGAUAGUAUAGGAAAUACUGCCCUUCAUUACGCAGCUCAAUAUGGUUCUCUUACGGCUGUUGAAUUGCUCUUAGGUCAGUCUGGAAUUAACGUCGAUGCACAGAACCGAUUAGAGCGUGACACUCCGCUGCAUAAGGCAGUCCAAUACAAAGACGAUCCAGCAGUCGCUUACGAAAUUGUAAAGCUAUUGAUUGAUGAGGGUUCGGAUCCAAGACAAAGGCCAGUUCAAUUGGUUGAUUCGGGUAAUCAGGAAUUGAAAGAUUUGCUUCAAAAAGCAACAUUGGCAUUACAAGUGGUAUUUAUUUAUUUCACUGGAUACAUUCCUAUUGUAUCACUCUUUUUUCAAGAUUUACAAGAUUUAUUCCUUUUUACAUAG